AGAGCACUGAGCAGAAGCAGCCAGCCAACAAGUGACGUAGUGAUACUGGUCUGUCCAGCAAAAAAGAGGGCUCUGGAAUUAGAGAAGCAGGGUGGCGGUGAUAGAACUGGCUGCAUUGAUAUAUACCUGCAAGAGCAAAGUUCAACCGACAAGGAGAGGAAAUAAAAGCACUGACUCUUCACCUUCAGACAAAAGUACAGCAGGUUUAAUGGCUGAAAAGUUUCAGUGAACCUGAGAAGGAGCUGGCUUAUUGGUUAAUGACUUAAAGCAUCAGUGUAUUAUCCUGAGGCCCAGAGCCACUGUUUUGCAUAACUAAACAAGAUGUCGGGAUCUGAAGGCAAGAUGAGUGCAAAGGCUCUUUAUGAGCAACGAAAGAAGUAUUCCAAUUCCAACAUAAUCAUGCAUGAGACUUCUCAGUACCAUGUGGAGCAUCUCGCCACAUUUGCAAUGGACAAGAGUGAGUCCAUUGUGACAAUAGAUGAUGGCGUCAAGAAACUACUACAGUUGGAUUCAAAAGGGAAGGUGUGGACUCAGGAGAUGCUGCUGCAAGUGAAUGACAAAGCUAUUAGACUGCUGGAUUGUGAAAGUCAGGAUGAGUUGGAGAACUUUCCACUAAACACAGUGCAUCACUGCCAAACUGUACUCAACCAGUCCAAAUAUUCAUCAGUUUUACUGCUCAUGUGUCAAGAUUCUGAUCAGCACAAACCCGAUAUGCAUUUCUUCAAUUGUGAUGAGGUUGGGGCUGAGAUGAUUCAUGCUGAUGUUGAGAGUGCAAUCUCUGACUGCAAAGGAGGACAAAAAAUUCGACCUCAGACACUGAAGGUGAAUCAAGAAAAAAUGAAGAAGCAGCGGGAGACAAUAAUCCCAUCACCCCCUCAAAGUAUUGCACCUGCCCAUCCUCCUGGCGUUAAGAGUCGAGCUGCUGCCAUAAUGGAACCAAGUGGCCCAGUGGAACAAGAUCGGAGAAGCAUCAGUUCACAGGAACAUGAGGAGUCACCUGAAGUUUUGGCGCAAAAGAUUGAGAAAGAUGUGCAAAUUCUAAAUUGCACACUGGAUGACAUUGAGUUCUUUGUAGCCAAACUUCAAAAGGCUGCAGAAGCAUACAGUCAACUAAACCAAAGAAAAAAAUCAAAGAAGAAUAAGAAAAAGGCACCAGCGGAGGGUAUGCUUACUCUGAGAGCAAAGCCACCACUGCCAGCGGAAUUCACUGACUGUUUGCAAAAGAUCAAGCUGACCUUGAAUCUUUUGGCUAAACUAAAAAGGCACAUUCAAAAUCCAACUGCAGUGGAACUGCUUCACUUCCUAUUUGGACCACUUGACUUGGUUGUUCAGGCCCUCGGAGGUCCAGACAUACCCAGGACCAUCAUAAGCCCGCUGCUUUCCAAAGAUGCAACAGAAUUUCUCAGAGUCCAUCUCGGUGCAAAGGAGGUGAAGCUGUGGGAGUCACUGGGUGAGGCAUGGACCAGGUCCAGAGCUGAUUGGCCAAAGGAGCAGCAUGUUCCCCCAUAUGUGCCGAGGUUCAGAAAUGGCUGGGAGCCACCCCUUGAGAAUUUCCGAGGAGUUCCUUGGGAACUGGACCUACAUCAAAUGGCAGAUUCUGUCGCAACUACAGCAGAUGUACAACGCAGACAGGAGGAAAUGAGGCGUCAAUCUGAAGAGCAUUCAUCAACACCUUGCUUCCCUCCUCCAAAUGGAAAUUACGAGGCGCAAGGAAUCCAUCAACAGAAAAGAUAUGUUCGAAUAGUAUAUGAUUUUGUGGCAAGGAAUGCCAAUGAACUCUCUGUCCUAAAGGAUGAGAUAUUGGAGGUAGUGGAAGAUAAUAAGCAGUGGUGGAAGCUGAAGAGCAAAUUUGGAGAGACUGGCUAUGUACCGUAUAAUAUGCUGAGUGUAGUAAAUAUCGAUGCCAUCCCCGCCCAGUCUGACUACCCUUACAGCCAGAGUGGCCAACGAUACAAAGGAGAAAUGAGUUCAAGAGGAACCGGGCCUAAUUCACCAGGCUACACUUCACCUGGACCCUUUACCGGUCCUGGCCAUGUGAGACAUGGAAGCCAUGAGCUACCAGGACCAGCAAACAGGCCCUACUCAAGAGACAAGGACCACAUAAUGACACAGAUGGAUGAAGUGAAUGAUGAACUUUUACAUUUAAUAACUGCAAGCAAAACAAAACCACCUUCUCGCAAUUUUAUGGUCCCAAAGCAGUCGUCCAUUCAAAUACCACUAGGUUAUGAAUCUAGCUCAGAUGAUGUCAAAUCCUGGUUGGAAGCAAAAAGCUUCAGCAAAGCGACAGUGGCCGGUCUGGGUAUACUGACAGGAGCACAGAUAUUUUCUCUUAAUAAAGAAGAACUGAAGAUGGUGUGUGGAGAGGAAGGUGCUCGUGUGUACAGUCUAAUUCAAGUACAGAAGGCUGAGCUAGAUAAGCAUCGAGGAGAUACAGAACUGGAAGAAAUCAUGAAACGAAGACAAGAGAGGAUUGAUUCCAGUCAAUAAAGUUUCAUUGCUGUUUGCUUUGCGAUUGGACAAUAAGACCAGAAAUUAACCCUGUACAAAUGGAAGGGUGGGGUCUCUUAUACAGAAUUAAUAACAACUGAUUGUUUUGUGUAUUUUACUCCUGUUGUUUCAAGAGGAAAAUUCCAUUCAGAACCUGCGUGGCUUUCAUACUGGUAGUUGGCCUGAAGUAUUAAUACGUGCACCAUAUACUUUUAGAAAUAUGAAUAUAUAUAUAUAUAUAUAUGCAUGUAGCUGUAAUAGUGGACAACUGUGGAGCAUUGUUGCCAAAACCUGAAGCCAAGUGAACACAAUAUAAAUGUAAUUUGCUCAUUAUUAGUUGAAUGGCAAAAUGAUAACUCUGCAGCAAGCUCCUGACCUACACGGAUAAGCUGAGAAACUGCUAAUAGGCAACAGUAAUGGAUGAAUUGUGACAGUAACCUUGUAACGUUCCUAUACCUGCUAUUUUAUUGGAGAGGGCUGGUAUCUCUGCUAAAAUGGAGAUGUAAUUGUUAUGGGCCAGGCCAGGCCCCCUCAAAAUGUUUCCAGACGAUAGCCUAGACCUUAACAUUUUGUAUUUUUUUUAGGCAGAUAUAAAAUGGAUAUUCCAGGGGUGAUUCAUCUGGUCAAACCAUUCAGCUUUAAACAAAUCAGAAUUAAUUUAAACACUAUUGCUGAAACGUGAACAAAAGAAAACAGAAUUUAGAAUAACUAAACUUAUUUGAAUACCCAACUGCCUCUAUCGCAACUUAGUGAAGGAGCUGAUCCAAUCUCUGCAACACCCCAUAAACACACCCUUGGAAAAAGGUAAAUCCAAACGUAGGUUCUUACAGGCAGGAGAGCUUUCAGAGAGCAUGGAAUCUCUGUAGCUGCUUCUCUAGGUCCCCAGCAAUUUUUGACUGCUUGCUAAAAACACCUGAAUUGGGAGAACUGGUCAGUCCCCUGCCAUUGUUUUAAAGUAGACAUUUCCAGACAUACAGGAACUUCUGCCUUUAUGACCCCUCUUGAAAAAAAUUGAGGCCAACAUAGCCUUGUUAAAGGGGCAGCAUCAUCAGACAAUACCAUAUAAAUUAUAAACACUUGCCACAUAGAAUGCUGAUAUUAUCAAUAAUGGCUUAAAUAUGAGUAUUGACUUAAUAGUUCAGUAAGUAACUUAUAAAUUCAGUUAUUAAAGACUUAACACAAGUGUACAACAAGUUGCACACAUAAUAAUGGUCCUAAUAUUCUAGAAUAUUAAUGUAGUGACUACCUAUUAAUAGUCACUGCGGUACAGAUGGUGAGUCUUGCUAAAAAGACUUCCUGUUGAAAAUUUUAAUCUUGCACCCUCCAGAACAGACAGAUCUUACAUCUAUCUUGAUGAUUAUAAGAUGCUUCUGUUUCCAGCACAGCUGCAGAAUAAUGUUUGCAUAGGCUUCUUGAAACGAGCAUAAAUCAUAACACACCACAUCCAAACAGACACUAUACUGAGACAAAGCAUUGAACUUUGUGUUUUAUUCCAGCAAUGAGGUUACCAAACAACGUGGCAGCAAGAGACACCCAACAUGCAUUUUGCAAGUUGGCCAAUCAAUGGCACAGAGCAUGCUUGCUGACCAAUUUAGGAUGAUAAUGGUCUCCUGAAGCUGAAGGAUCCAAUAGGGGUCUCCCAAUGUAGAACAUUAAUUGCCCCAUCUUUUGAGCUGAAUGGUCCAAUACUGAGGUAAAGACAGCCUUCACCUCUCUACUGGACAGCCAUAUGUCAACUUCUCCACUGGGCAGCCAGCAACUACAGCUUUGGUCCAACAGCCAUUGGUUGGUGAGCAGAGGGGAUUGCGAGAUGGAUGAAGUGAUAUCCCUGCCCCAUCUGCUUGGCCAACAUUAAAGUGUAGUGUGAGACUUCACCUGCCGACCGAAAAACUCCACAUCUUCCAUUGUCUUAAUAGAUUUGCCACUACUUGCAGGCAGCCCUCUGUCCCCGGUAUACCCUCUCAAAUGGCUUGGGAUGUGAUGAUGUCCGCAAAUUGGCAUCCUGAUUGAUCUUGUAAAACUCCAGGCUCAUCUACCUCAUCAGCCUUUCAAAGUUCUGCCCAAGUUCAUUAAUGUGGAUACCAACUCAAAGCUGAAACAAGAUCACCAUUCAACAGACAUCCAUUAUAACUCUGUUAGGUUUUUCAUUUAAUUAUAAUACAAAUUCAUAUACAGAUUCUCUAUUCAGUGAAUUAAUUGUAAUUCUAAGAGUAACUAAAUGGAUCCACUUCCUAAUCAUGUAGAUCUCACAUAUCCAGUACAUUCUUAAAACGAUGCUCAAUUUGAAACAAUAUCCAUGGUCUCAGGUACACAUUUGAGAAUUAAUGCAGUGUCCACUUUCUACAAGCAACAGUCAAUAGUAGAGUAUUGGUAUUUUUAACCAUGGUCAUAUAUCAUUCUGCUGUUAGAAGUUAACUCCUGGCUACAAUUGUCAGUACUCAUAAAAGUUAGUAAAUAGCAGUAAGCAAAUUGGAUCUUGAAAUAUUUUCCUUUAAAUAUUAUUUUCCUGUAAAGGUGUAUAUAUUUGAUUCUGAAUUAAAAUGAGCAUCAUAAAUGGGGUCUCUGCCUAAUCGAUUAGAAUUGCAUCUGUUUACAGAUGUUAGAAAAUGAUACAGCAACGGUAGAAAGAAUUUUUUUCUCCUUUUGUAAUCAGGUGAUUUUUUUUUAAAAUAUUUUGUGUCAGGGAUCCAAGUUUAAAAGAAUUUCUGUUUGGCAGGAUAAUAAGUGAAUCAGUUGCCACUCUGUUCCCAUUGGACAUGAGACAGAGUACCAAUCUGGCUGCAAUUUUCUAGUCUGAAUCUGGUCCCAAUCAAAGGGAAAUGUAAAAAAUUCACAUAAUAUACUGGGAAGAGUUGGUUGGAGCAUAAUAUUUUGCAGCACUGCAGUUGUAGCUUUGUUCCAUUUCUAUUCUACAAUAUUUUGUUGUGCAGUGUUUGCUGCUAUUGCUAGAUGCUAUGGGGCAAUUUCUCAAUCCCAGGUCUGAUAUUACUUAUUUUGAUCAUGUUAGCCCCCUAUAUAUUCAAAUGAUAUGUACUCCCAUAUCUAAUGGAACGUAGCAAUAGUAUUGUUCUUGAGUUUUCAGAGUUACCCACUUUUUUUUCCUUUUCUCUCCUCAAGAUUUUUCGAGGAAAUCACUCAAUACACAACUGUUACUUUCUCUUCCCUCGCCCAUAGCUCAGCCUGAAAUUGGAUUGCAGCAAUGGCAGGGUGAGCUGACCUUCAUUCGCUGACCUUAAUUCACUGACCAUGAUUUCUCUGUCCUCUCCUCAUAGCUGUCAUGCACUUCCCCUCUAGCUUGGACUGUCUGGAAGGUGGCAAUAGGUCUCUGCAUGUGGCAGUAAUAGGUGUAGGAUCCCAAACAGAGGAAAGACCUUGUAGAAACCUCAAGCUUGGCUCCUGAUCAUUUACCUACUAGGACCUCUGUUUCUGUCAAGACAUACAAAGCUGCAUCUUCAUCAGGUUUCAGAGUUCACUUCCCCUUUGAACUCUGCUUGCAAUUCUGACAAUGGCAUAGCCACCUUUACAUUGCAGCUUUGUUCAGACAGACCAGCACUUUGAGUUUACAGAUUUGUAUGGUUCACACACUUGGUAUGAAAUAUUAGCCUCAAAUGGAACAGUUAGAACUUAUCUGAUUUCAGGAGAUUAUGAAAGGGGAGUUCAGCAGUUGCAAGCAAGAAUUUGUUUUCUUCCCAUCUUUUGUUCAUGCAACACUUGCACGGUGUUCACUAUAUUUUUAUGGUGUGAGCAAAUCUGGUAUAAGAUUAAAAGGAAGUGAGUGGUACAGUUGAUGAGGCAAUAGAAAUUGAGAAGAAAAUAUUUAGGAGGUAUCCUUCACCAAGCAUCUGCAGAUAAUGCUGGCCUUUUGAGCAGAUUUAUCUCUCAAUAUUGAACUUCAUGUCAAACAGUGGUUUUACAGUGUACACUUAAGUUUUGUAACAAGUGCUUCAAUUCAUCAUCAUGUCUACCUUGUUCCAAAAGAUGACCCGCAAUAAGGUGCUACUCAUGCACCAGGGUGGCAGGUGCUGCUUGACUGUACAAUAGUAUUAUGAACCUUUUGGUACUAAGGCAGUUGUCAUUUGAGGGUUACUUGUCUGGGAGUCUUCACCACAUUAAGUUAUGACUGCAGUUUUAAUGGGCAGUCUGGUCCUGUCCUAAUAAUAAGAUCAGCAAGCAAGGCUCAUGAGAAAGACCAACUCUAUUGCCUCCCUAAGAGGGCUGGUGUCAUGUGUCAUUCUAGAUCUCUAAUUUUUCAGGUGAGAAGACCUAAUAGUUUUCGUUAGAACCAGAAAAAGAGCACAUCAAAGGAUUCGAUUGCAGCUUUAUCUGCAAAUCCCCAGGGUCAGAGAUCAUUUAUAACAUGCAUUUACACUUUAGAAUUUCUCUUGAGGACAACAAAGGCAAACAUAUGUGGUACCAUCAGUUGCUGCCCGCCUCGCAUGCAGUUUUCCAUAAAUUAAAAUUUCAGUUCCAUAGUAUUUAUUUUGAAUCUAAUCCAAACUAGAGAAUAUUGGGAAAAAUCCAUGAUUGUAACCUUGACUUCACCAUCUUUCAGCAAGUUUAACUCCUAGCGAGCUUUGAGAAGAUUUGUAGCUCAGUUUGAGGUUCUGGAUGUAGGCUUGCUUGCUGAGCUGGAAUGUUCAUUUUCAGAUGUUUCGUCACCCGACUAGGUAACAUUUUCAGUGAGCCUCUGGACGAAGGUUCAGUGACCAAACCUACAUCCAGAAGUUUAACUCCUCAAUGAAAGGGCAGGAUUGCAGAAUUAUGCAAUCUCUUUUAAAAUAUGAAAGAGGUAACAGUGGUCAUGAUGAUCAAGAUUCUCAGUAAUCACUAAUAGACAGAGAUUGCACUCAUGACGUCAUUUGCACAAGUAAUUCAAUUAAACCAAUAUGCCAUCACAUUAUGAACACUCCAACCUCCAACAUUUCUCCAAUUCUCAUAAUUUCUGAAAAUCUUAAAAAUGGUUUUGACUCUAGAUUCUGAACAAUGUCAAACAAUGCCCCAGUUAUCACCAACAUAGCUUCACUAUUCACCACGAAUCUGCAAAUAUCUGAAUAAAGAUUUGCUGCUGAUAUGGGCAAGGUUCAGAUAUCACUGAUGUAGAUAGAUGUCAGAAGCCUUUGGUGCAUUUGAAACUUAAAGAAAAAAGGAAGCUGAACUCCACAUGAUUUUUCAGUCUCUGAAUGCAUUUUAUUCUUAUUUUAAUAUCAAGAUCUAAUAUACUUUAAUGUCAAAAUUUCAUUGUUUAAUUUUUUGCUUUUUUAUUCAUUAAAAUAAACAUAUUUUGACAUGCGAGUUCUAAUAAGAGCAUUGUUCUGUUGCUUUGUACAUAAACAUUUUGUCAGGAAAAUGAAAGAACUUAAAAUUAGCUUUGUGUAAAAUGGACUUCAUGUUUUUCCAGUGGUAAGUUAUGGAGGAGUGAAAAGAGUUAUGCAAUAAUUAACCAAGAUUUUUCAAAUCUGAGAAUUCAUUUUUUAAAAAUUAGUGCUAAUU